AUGACCAUUCCAGACGAGGUCGACAUCAUCGUGUGCGGAGGAGGAUCAUGCGGCUGUGUCGUGGCCGGCCGAUUGGCCAACCUGGACCACAAGCUCCAAGUCUUGUUGAUUGAGGCUGGCGAGAGCAACUUGAACAACCCGUGGGUGUUCCGCCCGGGUAUCUACCCACGCAACAUGAAGCUUGACAGCAAGACGGCCUCCUUCUACUACUCUCGUCCAUCUGAAUGGCUUUCUGGUCGCCGUGCCAUCGUUCCCGUCGCCCACAUCCUCGGCGGCGGCUCCUCGAUCAACUUCAUGAUGUACACCCGCGCCUCUGCCUCCGACUACGAUGACUUCCAGGCCAAAGGCUGGACCACGAAGGAAUUGCUCCCACUCAUGAAGAAGCACGAGACAUACCAGCGUGCCUGCAACAACCGUGAUAUCCACGGUUUCGAUGGGCCCAUCAAAGUGUCCUUCGGCAACUACACAUACCCAGUCAUGCAGGACUUCCUUCGCGCCGCUGAGUCUCAGGGUAUCCCGACCACCGAUGACUUGGAAGACUUGCAGACUGGCCAUGGUGCUGAGCACUGGCUGAAGUGGAUUAACCGUGACACCGGCCGUCGAUCUGAUUCCGCACACGGUUAUAUCCACAGUACACGUGCGGUGCAUCAAAAUCUGCAUCUCCAGUGCAACACAAAAGUCGACAAAGUCAUCAUCGAAAACGGGCGUGCUGUCGGCGUCCGAACUAUCCCGACAAAGCCCCUUCAUCCAACUGAGAACAUCUCUCGCACUUUCAAGGCUCGCAAGCAGAUCAUCGUCAGUGGUGGUACUUUGAGCUCUCCGUUGAUCCUCCAGCGAUCCGGAAUUGGUAACCCUGAGAAGCUCCGCAAGGCUGGCGUGAAGCCUCUUGUCGACCUUCCAGGUGUCGGUCUCAACUUCCAGGACCACUAUCUCACAUUCGCCCCAUACAGAGCCAAAGCUUGGGCUGAUAGCUUCGACGAUUUCGUGCGUGGUGACAAGGAGACGCAAGAGAAGGUAUUUGCUCAGUGGGAGCUGAACGGCACUGGUCCUCUGUCCACGAACGGCAUCGAAGCCGGUGUCAAGAUCCGUCCCACGGAGAAGGAACUUCAAGAGAUCGACUCGUGGCCGAUGAACGAAUUCCGCUCUGGCUGGGACAGCUACUUCAAGGACAAGCCUGACAAGCCAGUCAUGCAUUACUCGGUCAUUGCUGGCUUCUUUGGUGAUCAUAUGCAGAUCCCACCUGGAAAAUACUUCACCAUGUUCCAUUUCCUUGAGUACCCAUUCUCACGUGGACAUAUCCACAUCACGUCCCCCAACCCGUAUGAAGCUCCCGACUUUGACGCUGGCUUCAUGAACGAUCGCCGCGACAUGGCACCAAUGGUCUGGGGAUACAUCAAGUCGCGCGAGACCGCCCGCCGCAUGGAUGCAUACGCCGGCGAAGUCACUGCCAUGCACCCCUUCUACGCGUUCGACUCUCCGGCCCGCUGUCACGAUCUCGACGUUGCGGAGACCAACGCCUAUGCCGGCCCGAACCAUAUUACAUCGAACAUUCAGCACGGUAGCUGGACCACAAAGAAGCUACCUGGUCGUGCUCCGCAGACUACGCACCUCAACUCCAACGACCAGCCCAUCCAGGACGACCUUCAGUACACCAAGGAAGACUUGCUCGCUGUUGAGGAGUGGACCAAGCGUCACGUCGAGACCACCUGGCACAGCCUGGGCACUUGCUCUAUGGCGCCCAAGAAUGGCAACUCCAUCGUCAAGCACGGCGUGCUCGACGAGCGUCUCAACGUGCACGGCGUGAAAGGGCUCAAGGUCGCCGAUCUGUCCAUCUGCCCUGAUAACGUGGGCUGCAACACGUACAGCACUGCGUUGCUGAUCGGCGAGAAGUGCGCUAUGCUCACUGCCGAAGACUUGGGCUACACGGGCCGUGCGCUUGAGAUGAGAGUGCCUGAGUACCAUGCUCCCAAGGAGACGGUUGGAUUGUCGAGGUUGUAG